AAAUUCACCCACGCAGUCUAUUACUGAUAAAUAUUUCAGCUUAUUUUGCUGAGGAAGGUGAUAAUAGCAUUAAUGGUAUGGCAUUUUAUUCUUUCGAAAUCAGUCGAAAGUUUAAUCUACAGCUUUCUAUACAUUAUUACAUAUGUGUCUUUUCAGUCAGUUUUUAUUUAUUUUGCUUUGACAAAUGUCCAUUUAAAAACUAACAAUUAAAACACAAGAGAUCAAAAUAAUUGGGAUGAAAAUGGUUUAAGAUAUAGGUUAAUGAGAGUGUAGGGAGACAGUACAGAUAAUCUUCUUAAAAAGACUUCAGGUAUUAGGUAUUAUGCUGAUCCACGGUGGAGAGCUGUCCUGCUGUGAGUCCCAGUUGACCUGAGCUGCUGUGCGCAGUGUGUGAGUGCGUGAGCUCUGCGUUUAGCACAGCUGUUCAUCAGCACCGCGCCACUGCCACCGCCGCACCGCUCUCGAGAGACCUCGGAGAUGACUCCUCCAAUCCUGACAGAAUGAGAUGUUUCGCUCUGUGACAGAGCCCUUCACACCCCAUCAUAACCUGGUGGGACACUCUGGGAUAUAUUAUCUGGUACAAGAGCAACUCCCUUAGGAAAUGCAUUGCAAAAUGUAUCUAACUCGGAGAAAAAGGCUUCAGCUGACCCGGAUUAUAUUUCUCCUGUCUGGGCUUUUGCUUUGCUGUAUAUACCAACUAACCGUUAGAAACAGAUUACCAGGACCCUGGCCAGAACCUCAGAUUGGAGAAAAUGCCGAAGUUGACCAUGAAGAUGCUACUGAAGGACUGGUAGUGAAACCAGGAGUAGCAGCUAAGCUGACCACCGCUGCUGUGGAAGAAAGUAUAUCAACUCAUAAAGCACAUGAACCAGACACAACUGCAUCCACCGCACCUCUGAGAACAGAAAGAGCAGACACAACGGCGUUACGCCCAGUGACCACCACAAACAGGACAAUUGUCCGUUGCAUCUAUGUAGAUCCAGACCUUCCAAAGCCCACUCCAGUUCCUACUCCAGCACCUGAACCCACUCAUGCUACACCCACAAUCACCAUCUCUGACCCUGCAGAGCCCCCUCACAUAAAGGGUGAAUACCCUCAGGACAUCUUCUCCAUUGAAGAACGACGGAAAGGCUGGGUGUUUCUUCACAUCUUUGGGAUGAUAUACAUGUUUGUUUCUUUGGCCAUUGUGUGUGAUGAGUUCUUUGUCCCUACUCUUGGCGUUAUCACUAAAAAGUUGGCGAUCUCAGAUGACGUUGCUGGAGCAACAUUCAUGGCAGCUGGAGGCUCUGCUCCUGAGCUCUUCACCUCCUUGAUUGGUGUAUUUAUCUCACACAGCAACGUGGGUAUUGGAACUAUCGUAGGGUCAGCUGUAUUUAACAUCCUUUUUGUAAUAGGAAUGUGUGCUUUGUUCUCCCGGGAGAUGCUCUAUCUCACAUGGUGGCCUCUCUUCAGAGACGUGUCCUUCUACAUCUUAGAUCUGAUCAUGCUCAUCAUCUUCUUCUUGGACAAUACCAUCAUGUGGUGGGAGAGCAUAAUGCUUGUAACUGGUUAUGCAGUCUAUGUCUACUUCAUGAAAUACAACGUCCAGAUUGAGCGAGCAUUCAAGUCUCAGCUCCGCAGGCACAAGAACAUCGUCAAAGUCAUCCCAGUUGAGGAGCCUGAGAAGGAAAAUGCGACAUCAGUUGAUGAUAAUUCCACUCCUGAACCAGAGGACAAGAAUCGAUUAAAGCUUAAGCCCACACUACAACGAGGGGGCAGCUCUGCAUCUCUGCAUAACAGCACCAUGAGGAACACCAUUUUCCAGCUCAUGAUUCACACACUGGAUCCUCUGGGUGAGGACUCAGUGGUAAAUGGGGGUACAAAGCCCAGCAGCUCUUUGGGAAGUAAAGUGAAGUUUAAAGACAAGGCUCAGAUUUUGAACAACAUGGCCAGGGGGAAAGUAGAGGGCAAAGAAAAGGAAAUAUCGGGCAAAGGUGAAGAUGAUAAAACAGAGGAGACUCCAAAGGAAUCCAAAGAGCCAGCAGCCACACCAUCUAACAAGGCAGACACCAAGGAAAAGCCAGAGGGACAGAAGGAGGAGAAGGAGGCAGCAGCAGGAGAAGGAGGGGGCUCAGAGGGAUCAGAAGGCUCUGAUGAUGGUGAUGAUGACAGUGAGGAAGACAGUGAUGAGGACAGUGAUGAUGAAGAUGAAGAUCAGGAAGAGAGUGGCACGGAGGAUGAAGAUGGAGAGGAAAAUGAUGAGCCUCUGUCCUUGGAGUGGCCAGACAGCAGACGGAAACAAGCCACAUACCUGUUCCUUCUGCCCAUUGUCUUUCCUUUGUGGCUAACCGUACCGGAUGUCAGAAACCCAGCAUCCAAGAAGUACUUUGCCAUUACCUUCCUGGGUUCUAUAGUGUGGAUUGCUAUUUUCUCCUAUCUCAUGGUGUGGUGGGCACAUCAGGUGGGUGAAACCAUUGGCAUUUCAGAGGAGAUAAUGGGUCUCACCAUUCUGGCAGCCGGUACAUCCAUCCCUGACCUAAUCACCAGUGUGAUUGUAGCUCGCAAAGGCCUGGGAGACAUGGCUGUUUCCAGCUCUGUAGGCAGCAACAUAUUUGAUAUCACUAUGGGGUUGCCAGUGCCCUGGUUAUUGUACUCAUUUGCCAAUGGGAUGGCACCUGUGGCUGUCAGCAGCAAUGGACUUUUCUGUGCCAUCGUGCUGCUCUUUCUCAUGCUCCUCUUUGUCAUCAUCUCCAUCGCAGUCUGCAAGUGGAGAAUGAAUAAAAUGCUGGGCUUCACCAUGUUCAUGCUCUACUUUGUGUUCCUUGUGCUCAGUGUCAUGCUGGAGGACCGUAUUAUUGUCUGUCCAGUGUCAAUUUGAGUAACACCUUGCCUCCCAGUGUUUACUGAAAUGGCAAACACUCCAGCUCUAACCAGUCAUUUGUCCUGGUCUAUUUCACCCCUCCUAACCUCCAGAGGAGAUAUAACCAAUUGGAUACCUUCUUGUGCACCUGUGCAUGUGUGCCAAGACCUUUCAACAAUGUCACAUGACAAGUGAUGUAUGAUGCAGUAUUUGCAGUAAGCACUGCUGUAAUGCAGACAUUUUCUCUAUUUUCCCUAUUUCUUCAUACCUCGUACACAAAUCAGACUACAUAUAUGGAACUAUCAACUUGGCAGCUCUUGAGUAUGGUUAAAACUACAGGCUCCUGUCCUUUAAAGGUGGGGAGAGCCUCAUCUCACUCCAUCUUCUCCAUCUUAUCGCUUCUGUCUUGGUUAGUGUAUUUUUUAUACAUCCCUCCUGUCUUGUCAUCCUUGCCAUCUAGACGACUAAUGGGCCAGUGGCCAUGUGCCACUAGUGUGAAUAAGUUGUUUUCCCAUUAUUUUUUAUUUAGAGGCAAACUCUGAAAGAAGGUUUCAGGGAAAGACAACUACAUUACAGCAUUACUUAUUCAAAAUAUUGUGUCAUACAUCACUUUGUGACCUUGUGGUUAUCUUUGGUUAACCAGGACUCACAGAACAACAGUUACAUAUGUAUAAAUCAUUUAACACUGCUGCUUGUGAACACUGCAUUAGCCAUCUUUGUAUUGUUGCUCUCUGGAAACUCUAUAAAACUCAGAUACAUUCACAGUUGAGUCUAUAAUUAUUAUUUAUUAUCUCUCACAAACAAGUAAGACGACUAUGGUGAGCCACUGUGCAAUACACCACAUGGUGGCAUCUUAUGCAUUUUUAUAGUAGCUGGUUUAAGCCUUUCAGUUAGUCGCUAAUGCUGGUUCAUGUUUGUGCACUCAAUUUCCAGUGCAUCAUACUUGAACUAUUCUGUGAUGUACAGUUAUGUAUAUUUUCCCCUUGUUCAGUCCACCAGCCUAUAGUGAAUAUUCAAAUGUAUUGUUAACAUUCAAAAUUUCCAUCCUAAUGUAAUACAAAUGCAGAUGCACACAUUCGUAGAUAUUUGAGUGCAGAAAAUAUAUGGUUUGUUUUUUGGAUUAUAUGUUUGUGUGUGCAGAACUAAUCUGUAGUGUUAGCUGUAUAAUACUCAUUCCUAGAUGACAAUAUUAGCAUUCUGGCAAGUAAUGUUUCACAUAUUUCUUGUGUAGUACAUGUGUGCAGAUACUUUUUUCAGGGUCUCCAUUUAGUAGCAUCUGUUUAAACUACUCUUGAAAGCAUAGUCCUGCGUUUUAUUUUAAUUUUUUUUGCAUCACAUAUAUCUCUUUUUUGGUUUUAUCACUGGUAUCAUGCAAAUUAAAUUAUUCCAAAGGCUGUAGUCCUUUAAAAAGAGUAAUGAAAUUCAAUGAAUUGUUUAUUGUAAAGUAUGUAAUUUACACUCAUACUGCAAUGGAAUUAUUUUUGUAAAACAACAGAAGAACAUAAUUUGUGGUUGUAAAAGACUUUUUUUUUUUUUUUCCUUUUUCAACUUUGAAAUAGCUACCUGCAAGAAAAUAGUCUUCUGUAUUAGUCUUUAUUUAUUAAUGUUCUAAUAAAUAAAAUAAAAUAAAAAAACAACAACAGAUCAUUUGCUUUGGGAGUAAAUCCAAAUAAUGAGGGGAAAAUGGUGCAGUUUUUUUUCUGUCAUGCAAAAUGUUUAGUGUAACAUGGAUAAACAGUGUUCCAAAAGUCCCAUGUUUUUUCCCUCGCUCACUCAGUUUUCCUCUCUCAAUUUCUAAUAAAUAUGUUUCAAAGACAACACUGACCAUUCGAGUGAGUUUAUUUACAAUUAUAAACAGCUUUUGCAGAUCCCAACCUGAUCUGAUGAAAUAAGGACUAUACAAUAUAAACAGGAAUAAACACAAGAAAUGAUAUGUGUAAAACGCAUUGGGCCACAAAAGUACUUUAGCUUACAAAAAUCAUUUCAUAAACCAACUUUCAACAAUACUGAAAUUAUUACACAUAUUAAAAUAUUUUAAUUAGCAUACCAAUCAAAACACCAGUUAGACUUUAGUAAUGCAAUCAGAUAGGGAUUUAGGAUGCAGAAAUUUUUUAAUCAUGAAUGGCAGUGUCAGGGCAUCAAAUUUUUAUAAAUUUGAACAGCAUCUGGUCAAACUGACUAGACUAUAAUUUCGCAGAGUGAUAUUCUUAAACAUUGCAUGUCAUGUGUAAUGCGUACAAUGCAUGUAAAAAUUCAUAACUGUAGACUGUGUAAUACUACAUGGAGUAAUAAAUUGUACAGUGUAGCUUAAAUUAAUAUUACCAAUUAAUAUUACCAAAGCAAAUUAAGUUAGAUUAAGCUGUGCAAAAAUUUAUAUUUGCUGCAGCUAACAUUUAAAUUCAUCACUCAAGAUUUAACAGACUUAAGUGCUCAUGUGCUCUUUAUAUCUGUAAAUUUCAUCUCAUGUACCAUUAUCACAUACCAUUUCAAAUUGUACCGUAAACAGCUUAUAUAUUAAAUAAAACGUGAUAAUAUUGGAAUCAAACACUCCAACAGCAGAAAACUGCCAAUUUGUAAACAUGUCUAUAUUUGUACAUGUGGAUUUAACUUUUACGUAAGGCUAAAAUGAUGCAACUAGCUCAUGUCCUACACAAAAACACAUUUCUUUUUUGUUUUUUUUAAAGAAAGAAAACAAACAUAUUUGUUAAAAACAUUAAAAACAUUUCACCUGUCUGAGAGGACCUGACUACUUGACAUAUUUCCUUAAUGUGUUUAAUAUGAUGCCAAACUGUCCAUAUGUACGCUUUAAUUAAGACCAGUUCUAAAAUAUCUGAAUCAACUUAUGUGGGCAAGGAAAUUAUUCGUUUCAGGCUUGUAAUAUCGUAGAGUGGAGUUUAAAUGUAUUCUAUGCAGUUUUAGUUGGUCUCCUUCCAUUUUUUCAGCUCAUUUAAAAUCUUUAAUAAGGCAUUGUUUUAGUUGCUUAGUUGAAUUACAAUAUUCACAUAUUAUUACAGUCACCUUUUGUCAUGCCUCAGAAACAGUCAUGUAAUUCAUGAGUUAACAUGUGAUUUGGUCCAGUUCUGUACCUCAUCUAUUCAAAGGACAAUACGCUUCACAGAUAUCACAAUAAUGGUCUCCAGGACCAUAUUCAUAGACAUACACACUUGCAAAUUAAAACCAAUACACUGCUUGGUACUGUCUUUACAUAUGAAGACAACUCCGUUAUAACAAAUACAAGUCUUAAAAUAUACCUUUAUAAUACAAAUAUUCUAAAUAAUAGAAUAAUAGGCUCUAUACAGAAAGGUGAGUUUGUUUUGUGUUAAUAUACAAGUGUGUGUAGAAUACUAUGAGAGGAAUGUGAGAAAAUUUUAAAGUCUCAUUUGGGGUUUGUUCAUUGUGCUUUUCUACUAAGGGUCUUAAACAAUACAUACUGCUACUGGUCCCAAAACCACUCCACGACCCUCUCUAUGUGAUUUAAUUGUGAUGAGUGAGGCUAUGACCUGAGCACUAGAUGAUAUUGCUCCUAAUCUACAAUGGCCUCGGUAGUAAAUAUUACCUGAGUGAGGCUAAAUGUUUAAAUGUGUCCCGGGAAUCCAGUGG